AGUCCUCAAAUCAAGCAACAGCAUAGAGCAACCAUGAGGGCAUUCAUGAUCUUGUCGCUGGCCUCGUUGGCGUUGGCACGACCGGAGGCCGGCUACUCGUACAACCAACCCAGCCAGCCAAGCGGUAGCUACGGCGCACCAGGAGGUGGCGGUAGCGGCUUCGGCGGUGGCUGCGGAGGUCCCGGCGGCGGUGGCCCUGGCUGUGGCGGCGGCGGCGGCGGUGGUGGAGGCUUCGGCGGCCUCGGUGGUGGCAGUGGAUUCGGUGGAUUAGGCGGUGGAUUAGGCGGUGGUAGUGGUGGCGGAUUCGGCGGCGGUUCCUCCUUCGGCGGAGGCUCCGGCGGCGGAUUCGGUGGUGGUUCGUCCUUCGGUGGUGGCGGCGGCGGAGGUGGCACCCUCAUCCAAAAGCACAUCUACGUGCACGUGCCGCCACCAGAGCCCGAGGAGCAGAGACCCAUCCGUAACUAUCAGCCCCAAGCACAAGCCCAGAAGCACUACAAGAUCAUCUUCAUCAAGGCACCGACCCCGCCCGCACCAACCGCCCCUGUGAUCCCGCAGCUCGCCCAAGACGAGCAGAAGACGCUGAUCUACGUGCUGGUUAAGAAGCCCGAGGACGCGCCUGAAUUCACCCUGCCUACUCAGGCACCGACUCAGCCCAGCAAGCCCGAGGUCUACUUCAUCAAGUACAAGACUCAGAAGGACGGCGGCAGUACCGGAGGACUCGGCGGUGGCUACCCUAGCGGCGGUCCCGGCGGCCUUGACGGAGGUCUGGGCGGACUCGACGGCGGCUCCGGCGGUCUUGGCGGUGGCCACGGAGGCUCAGGACUCGGUGGUGGUGGCGGUGGCGCCCCAAGCUCCAACUACGGCCCACCCGGUCAAUCGGGCCCCUACUAG